CCCCGAGAAGCAGCAGCGGCGCCCGCCAGGACACGGCAGGGAUGGGACUUGCAGCUGGGGUGCUCCUCCUCGCUGGUGCCCUGUCUCUUCCCUCCCACUCCAAGGGGCUCACCAUGGCUUCCCCCCUCCUGCUGCUGCUGCUGGCCGGCGGGGCCCUAGGCUGCCCCCUCCCCUGUACCUGCCAGAACCUUUCUGAGUCUCUCAGCACGCUCUGUGCCCACCGAGGGCUGCUCUUUGUGCCGCCCAACGUGGACCGGCGCACCGUGGAGCUGCGGCUGGCCGACAAUUUCAUCCAGGCUCUGGGGCCCCCCGAUUUCCGCAACAUGACCGGCCUGGUGGACCUGACCCUCUCCCGCAAUGCCAUCAACCGCAUCGGGGCCCGCUCCUUCGGAGACCUCGAGAGCCUGCGCUCCCUGCACCUGGAUGGCAACCGGCUGGCCGAGCUGGGGGCCGGCAGCCUCCGGGGCCCCGUCAACCUCCAGCACCUCAUCCUCAGCAGCAACCAGCUGGGCAACAUCGCGCCCGGCGCCUUCGACGACUUCCUGGAAAGCCUGGAGGACUUAGACUUGUCUUACAACAACCUGCGGCAGGUGCCUUGGGCCGGCAUCGGCUCCAUGCUGGUCCUGCACACCCUCAACCUGGACCACAACCUCAUUGACGCGCUGCCCCCGGGAGCCUUUGCCCAGCUGGGCCAGCUCUCCCGCCUCGACCUCACCUCCAAUCGCCUGGCCACCCUGGCACCCGACCCCAUCUUCUCCCGUGGCUUGGACACAGCGGCUUCCCCCAGCCCCCUGGUGCUGACCUUUGGGGGUAACCCGCUCCACUGCAACUGUGAGCUGCUGUGGCUGCGGCGGCUGGCGCGCCCCGACGACUUGGAGACUUGCGCCUCCCCCCCGGGGCUGGCUGGGCGCUACUUCUGGGCGGUGCCCGAGGGCGAGUUCUCCUGCGAGCCGCCUCUCAUUGCCCGCCACACGCAGCGGCUCUGGGUGCUGGAAGGCCAGCGGGCCCUGCUGCGGUGUCGAGCCCUCGGGGACCCCAUGCCCACCAUGCACUGGGUGGGACCGGAUGACAGACUCGUGGGAAACUCCUCUCGGGCUCAGGCUUUUCCUAACGGGACGCUGGAGAUCGGGGUGACGGGGGCUGGAGAUGCAGGGGAGUACACCUGCAUCGCCACCAACGCAGCAGGAGAGGCCACAGCGCAGGUAGAGCUCCGGGUGCUGGCCCUCCCCCAUGGCGGGAACAGCAGUGCCACCGGGGGCCGGCCGGGGCCCUCGGACAUCGCUGCCUCUGCCCGGACUGCAGCGGAGGGCGAAGGUGCCCAGGACGUGGGCCCCACGGUGGAAGUGUCUGAGGUGACUGCCACGUCUGGGCUGGUGAGCUGGGGCCCGGGCAGGCCCAAUGAGCCCGUCUGGAUGUUCCAGAUCCAGUAUAAUAGCAGCGAGGAUGAGACCCUCAUUUACCGGAUCAUCCCAGCUUCCAGCCGCCACUUCCUGCUGAAGCACCUGGUCCCUGGGGCCGACUAUGACCUCUGCCUCCUGGCCCUGUCCCCUGCUGCUGUGCCCUCUGACCUCACAGCUACGAGGCUACUGGGCUGUGCCCACUUCUCUACACUGCCGGCCAUGCCCUUGUGCCACGCCUUGCAGGCUCACGUGCUCGGGGGGACCCUGACGGUGGCUGUGGGGGGGGUCCUGGUGGCUGCCUUACUGGUCUUCACGGUGGCCUUGCUGGUUCGGGGCCGGGGGGCCGGGGCUGCCCGCCUCCCCCUCAAGCUGAGCCAUGUGCACUCCCAGACCAAUGGAGGAGGCACCAGCCCUGGACCGAAGCCUCACCCUCCCCGGAGUCCCCCACCCCGCCCACAACGCAGCUGUUCUCUGGACUUGGGAGAGACCGGCGGGUGCUAUGGUUAUGCCCGGCGCCUGGGGGGAGCCUGGACGCGCAGGAGUCAUUCAGUCCACGGCGGGUUACUUGGAGCUGGGUGUCGAGGGGCAGUGGGGGGCAGUGAAGAGCGGCUAGAAGAGAGUGUGGUGUGAGGACCAAGUUGGUGGGAGCUUCCAGGGCCAAGGCCGGGGAGAAGAGGAGGUAGUUGCUGGGCCUUUCUUCCCUCCUGCUGCCCAUUCUCCGGGGACAGGGGCAGCAGCCGUCAGAGCAGGGCUCUCUGGAGGAGAGAGGGCCUGGAUGCCUGUGGGAAGCAGCGCAUGGAGUGGACGGAGCACUCCUUGGCUGAGGAGUCAGGAUUUCUGGGGUUUAAUCCCAGUUUUAACUCUCUGUACCUCAGUUCCCCCUUUGUGAUUUGGGGAAGAAAACCACCUUUCCCUAAUCCCGUCCCCCUCUCCAGAAUGUGGGGAGGGGAGGGAACGCAUAGAUAAGAGGUGCUUCAGCACUGUGGGGCAACGGGCUACAGGGAAUUAUCCUGGAUUCUUGUUUUUAUUCUUAAUAAAAAUGCCAGGGAC